GAGUGCUACCUAUUGCUAUUCGUGGAUUUGAAAAUAAAAAUGUCUCUUCAUCAUUGAUUAAGUUAGGCGAUUUCUUCCAAUGAUUAUGUUGUAAGACAUUGAGACGAGAUGACUUAGAACAACUUGAAAGGGAUAUAAUUGUUAUAUUAUGUAAGCUUGAGAUGAUCUUUCCACCUGCUUUUUUCGAUGUUAUGGUACAUUUGGCUGUGCAUUUACCACGAGAGGCUAUGUAUGGGGGACCAGUAAAAUAUCGUUGGAUGUACAAAAUUGAGAGGUUCUUGUGCAAGCUUAAGCGUUAUGUGCGAAACAAGGCACGACCCGAAGGUUCUAUUGCAGAAGGCUAUAUUAUUGAUGAAUGUUUGACAUUUUGCUCUAUGUAUCUUACCGGCAUCGAAACUAGAUUUAAUCGUGAAGAUCGAAAUGAUGAUGGAUCUAGCAAGAAAGAUGAACCUGUUCUAGACAUAUUUUCAAAGAGUGCUAGACCAUUUGGAGAUGGAGAUUAUGAUGCCAUACCAAGGAAAGAUCUUGAUAUGGCUCGGUGGUAUGUGUUGAAUAAUUGCGAAGAAGCAGAAUCUUUUCUUCAAGAGCAUAAAGAAGAGUUGGUGAAACAAGAUGUUGGGAAUAUAGAAGAGAAACACAGAGAACAAUUUCCUUUAUGGUUUAAAAGGAAAAUUUUGAAAUUAUAUAAUAAGGACAGGUCAAUGUCUAUCAAGAAAUUAUAUCCUUUGGCAAUGGAAUCUGAUGUGCGUGGAAGAAAACAUAUUGGCUGUGUUAUAAAUGGUGUUAGGUAUCUUAUUCAACGACGCGAUGAAUUACGUAAAAGUCAGAAUUGUGGUAUAGUUGUUGCAAGCUAUGAUGAAAAUGAGUUGAUUGAUUUUUAUGGUAUUACAACUGACAUCAUUGAGUUAGAGUAUGUUGAUGAGAAUCGAGUUUUUCUAUUUAAAUGCAAGUGGUUUGAUCUUCGCAAGAAAAUAGGGAUGCAAAAAGAUAAACAUUUUACGAGCAUAUGUGUUAAAAGAUUUUGGUAUGAACAUGAUUCUUUCGUACUAGCUACUCAAGCAAAACAAGUAUUUUACAUUGAUGACCCAAAAUUGGGAGAAAAUUGGCGAAUUGUGCUCAAAUUUCAAGAUAGACACUUAUAUGAUGUCCCGGAGAAGGAAAAUUCAGAGACAGAAAGUGAUGAGUCGCAUAUUACAAAUAAUGAUGUGUAUCAAGACAUGUCACUUGAAAGUAAUUCGAUUGUCAAUGAUACGGUGGAUAUGUUGAGUAAACUACAUAGAGAUGAUGUUGAACCGAUUACCCUGAAUACAAAUGUAAUUGAAUUGGAGGCUCAAACAGAACCAGAAGUUGAAGUUGAUUAUAUCGAAGAAGAUUCUGACCAAGAGGAUGACACUAUGGUAGAGUACAUAAGUGAUAAUGAGGAGAAUGAAGGUAAUAAUAGUACUAAUGACGAUGCAGCUGAUAGCACAGGUGAUGGCGACGACAUUGGCUUGUGA